AGGGAGGGACUGGACCGUUGGGAUUAUAAAUUCCAAAAAGGCCACUCAACUCCCGGAGCUGGAUCCCCGAAACUCUACUGUCAGCAGCUGCAGUUGCCACCACUCUCAGGACCCUCACCAUGACAGGCCUGCUGCUGCUCACCUUGUCUUCUCUGCUCUGCUGGGUCUCAGCUGACAUUCGCUGUCACUCCUGCUACAAGGUCCCUGUGCUGGGCUGUGUGGACCGGCAGUCCUGUCGCCUGGAGCCAGGACACAAAUGCCUGACAACAAAUGUGUACCUCGGUAAGAUGUGGGUUUUCUCCAACCUUCGCUGUGGCACAGCAGAAGAGCCCUGUCGGGAGGCCUUCAACCAAACCAGCCACAAGCUGGGGCUGACCUACAACACCACCUGCUGCAGCAAGGACAACUGCAAUAGCCCGGCGCCCCGGCCGGCGCCAGCCCUGGCCCUGCUGGUCCUCACCUCCCUGGCUGGCCUUGGCCUCUGGCUGCUGCACUGAGACACACUGCUCCCACCUGCCUUACCUGAGCCUCUCUCCCUGUACCCCGGCUUCCCACAGUGGUCUCCCCCUAGCUCCCUUUGCUCGGAGUAACAUUUCUCCAGACCCUUCACAUUUCUUUAAUUAGACAGUGGUCUCCUUACCCAUCAUUCUACCCCAUGCCCUCCUCUCUGCUUUUCUCGAGUCCCUUCCCAUUUCCCUCUAGACCAUCCCAGAUCCCCCAUUGGCCCCUAGAAGGGCUCCCCACUUUGUGUCCUGCACUGUACUGUGCCCUACUUGGAGAGGGAUUGGGAUCUGGGCCUGAAAUGGGGCUUCUGUGCUGUCCCCCGUGAAGGCUCCAAUGACCUCACUGUACGGCUGAUUCCCCCACCCUGGCUGCCAUU